CUAAGAGCUACAGACCUCUGUAGAUUUAAAAGAAAGAGGAGAAAGGUAAUCUCUAAAGUGAAGUUAAAACUCAACCAUCAAUUACACAAUUCUUCAGAAACAGGAAAGAUGAAGCUUCUCUUUGUGGGCAUGAUUUGCUUCUUAAUGCUGGUGAAGAGAUGCACAGAUGCCAGGCCAAUCCAGGACAAUGAAGACCCUUACAGAGAACCUGCAGCCAUGCCUUACUGGCCUUUCACAAGCAACGAUUUCUGGGAAUAUGUAGAAUACUUCCGGAGCCUGGGAGCCUAUCAUAUAAUCAAUGAGAUGGCCAGGACAUUCUUUGCACACCAGUCUCUUGGCAACACCCUUGGAUAUGAUGUUCCAUAUCAUGAGCACUAGUUCACAUGGCAAGAAAACAUUGGAAUUGUUAGCCUAGCUGUGUUGUUACAAAGCUUUUUUUUUUAACAAAUCAAAUGUGGAAUCUCUGUUCCAGUUUUUUAAAUGAACAUGAUGACACAGUGCCUUUUUA